AUGCCACUCCUGGCGAAAAACGUGUUGAAGGAGCUGUGCCCGAACAGCAGCGUCGGUGAGGACUGCAAAGUCCGGUACGGCUGGGAGUCUACUGGCGGUGGAGCUAAUCUGGGUAUGUCUCCGGUCUUGAGAGCAUUCUGGCUGGUGACGGUAGCUUACAUGCUUACCGACAAGAUGGCACGAGCGGACGCAUUGAUGGCGCUCUUCGCAAACUAUGUCGGAGCUAGUCAACCGCCGGACUACGCAGUGACGAUACCCCAACCGGUUGCAGCGAGCACGACAACUGCGGCGCCGAAACUGACCGACGUAAUGGGUGAUUCACGGUCGGCUUUCGAGGAUGUCCCGCCACAUUGCACGAAUGACGGAGUUCUGAUGAACUGCAGCGGACCGUUGCCUGUUGGUACCCUUCAGAGCCCCUUACCUACUGGAAUUGUUCGAAGCGCCGCGUCUUCCGCUGGUCUGGUGGUCCGGCGGAUGGGCUAUACGACUUGGGUCGCAGUACCUUUGGCGGCAGCCAUCUUGUACGGCUUCUUCACAGAAUCUAGGCACUCCGAUCGCACCAUCUGGAAACGGACGCCACGGCCGUGGUGUGAAGUGUGA